UGACAUCAUAGCCUGUGAUCACAUACUAACCACCAGCUGUUGUUAUUUAAAUGAUGCCCAUAUUGUUUGAUAUACAAUUCAGGUUCAAUGUUUGUCAAACAUUUACUAUUUCUUGGAAGGCUUCAUACAUUUCCCAUGGCAAGUUACAUGAAAUCAUAUGCUAGCAAUCUCAUUUGCAGACCCUGUACUUAAAGAAGCUAUGGAAAAAAACAACUCUCUCUCAUCACAAUUAUUAAAGUGCUACUUUUGUGAUAUCUUAAAGAUCAAGAUGCACAAAAUAUCCUAUCUUCAUCUCUUUUACCUGGGCAUAUGUCUACUCACUUUAACCCACUCAGCAGCUGCUGGCCAAGAGACCCUCUGCGGUGCUGAGUUAGUGGAUGCUCUUCAGUUUGUGUGCGGAGACAGAGGCUUCUUUUUCAGUAAACCGGUAGGGUAUGGAUAUAGCAGUCGACGUUCACAUCACAGAGGAAUAGUGGAUGAAUGCUGCUUCCAAAGCUGUGAUCUAAGAAGGUUAGAGAUGUACUGUGCACCUACCAAGCCAGUGAAAUCAGCACGGUCUGUGCGUGCCCAGCGUCACACUGAUAUGCCAAAAGCUCAGAAGGAAGUACAUCUGAAGAAUGCAAGUAGAGGGAACACAGGGAGCCGGAGCUUCAGGAUAUAACUAUUGCCACUUAAAGUCUUGAAGAAUGAAUGUGCCAUCUGCAGGAUACAUCACUGAAAUAGAACAAAAUCAGAUAAAACAGGGAAAGACUUCACUUCUCUCAAUCAGUGGGCAUUCUUCCUUUGUACGAUUCAAAUACACAUUCCAAUAUUAUGUAUGCAAAAUCAUGACAACUCUUUUAGCUGAUCUAGUACUGUGUAAUCUGUUACCUGUUUUACAUGUCCUGCACAAAGAUUUCUUUUAAUAGCCUGUGUCCCCUAGAGGUCCAAAAAUAAAUGGCCUUCUUGAUGGCUCCAAUUGCACUAUACAUAACCAAUGUUCCAUGGGGGCUGGAAAAAAAAAAAACAGACAUGUCUAAGAGAGUUCUUUCUUAUAUUUGCACUUCUCUUUAUGUUUUGCUUUUCAGUAGCAGAAAAUGUUUAUAUACCUAUCCUUACGUUCAUGAAUCUCAUCGACACAUAUGUUGAUUGUGGGUCUGAAUUCUACAUUUCACAAUGGCUUGAUUCAUUUCACUUUUUGCUGAAUAUGGUAUGAUGCAGUUAAACACAUGUCUAGGCUCAUAAACCUCACAGAUCUUUUUAGGUAACAAGUUAAUUGUCCAACAGUAUUCAUCCGUGCUCAAUCCACACAAUAUCUGUAUAUCACUAAUGCACAUAUAUCAUUUGGUAUGUAGAGCUGUAAGCUAGUACAAUGGUGCUACCGUAUGUUGUAGUGAGUGUUGUGUAACGAUCUGGCCACAAAUGUUAACUGGUAAAAGCAAACAUCUCUUGAGGGCAAAUUUGGGCCUUAUAAAUGUCAAUAUCAAAUUUUACCUUCUACUUGGACUGAACUUGCAAGAAAGAAAUGUGAAAAAUAUGACUGUGAGGUGUUAGUAGAUGGGAAGGUUCUUUAAUCUCAUAUUACUAAAGAUACCAUUUCCUCAGCAAUAAGCUGCACACUGUAAUCUUUCAGUAGUCCUCUUUACCCACCCUUUUCAGUUUGAAGCUAUCUUGAUGAUCAUCUGAUUGGGUCCAGUUUCAGAAAACCCAGGGGAACAACUAUUACCAAACUGUGGCCAUCUGUACAUUUCUCCUGCAGAUUAUAAUAAACUACAUGUGGUAUCAGAUUACCACAAUGUCUUCCUGUUAACUUCCACACUCAUGAAGACAGGAUCACAUACAUGGGUGCUUUCUUACAUCUACUAUUUACUUGACAUGAGUCAAGCUUUUCUCUUGACUUUUUUUUUUUUAAUGUUUGGGUUAUUCUGCAGGGUGUGGUGAGGAACACAUUUUUUUUCAAAGGCGGUCAUCUUGUGGCACCUAUCUUGAGAUAUCUCGAGCCAAGAGGAAAACUCUGAAAGGACACAUGUCAAGAAAAGAGGAAAGGACAUGGAAGGACACCAUCUCUAAAUUGUCAGUUUCACAGUUCACAAAGAUUCAGCAAGCAAUGAUCCUUUCAGCUGAUAUAUUAAAAAGUCUUUCACAUUUCUGGCCCCUCAUAGAGAAGGAGUUUGCCAUGUGUACAGCUUGGUUAUAGGGCUUUACUACUUCCAAAACCACACAAUGUAUAAGAAAAUUUCCCUAGCAGUUACAAAAUAUGCUUGUCUCGUCUAAACCUCCUUUCCCUGGACAGAUUGAAAGUCAUUUUUUUUAGUACCCAAAGCAAAAAAGUGUUAAUAGCCACUAAUUCAUACCAAAUGGAAAGAGUUCUUCUCCAAGAGGGUCCUGCCACACUAUUUAGAUGAUUGCUUCAGUCAUCUCCCUGUAAAGGAUCUGUAUACUAUUUAACAGUUUUGUUACGUUUAAUUUAUACAGCAGAUGUCAAAAAGGACCGAUCCCUUGAGUCAAUUUACGUCAAUUCAUUGAAUCAUGACCCUCAUUCCAUAUGUGACUUAAGAAGGAGGUUCAUUCAAUUUAUGGGAAAGGAAAAGUCUGUUUUCUUUACAUGUAUAAAAAUAUUUUUAAGUUAAUAAUUCUACCAUAAAUGAAAAGCGCAUAAUUUAAAUAGAUCCUGACAAAGGCAUUUCUCUCUCACACUUUUACUAUUGACUCAAUAAUCGAAAUAACAAGAUAGAACCAAAAAAAUCUGUGAUUCCUAUUUAGACAGCAGUGUAAAUACCGGUAUAUAUUAUACAUAUAGUAGAAUAUCCUCUAUCCCUAGGCAGGGGACUCUAACAUGCUGAGAGCUUUCCAACUCUUUCCACCUAUCAUAGGAAACAUUAUUGCUACUGAAAUACCACUGUAUGUGAAUCAACAAUUGCAGUACUAAAGUAUACUUUUCCUUGUAUAUAGCAAAUAAAAUACAUUUUUCCAGUAGUCCAAAGCAGAACUUGAAUAUGCAAAAAUCUGAAAAAGGACCACCCAUGCUAUGUGCCAAUUAUAAUACUGGUGUCUUACGUAGCAGAAGGGCCUUAAGGCUCUGUCAAUCGCCAGAUCCUUGGAGUGACUGCUACCUUUGAUCCCCUAUAGCUAUGGUAUGUUUGUAUGUAUUAAUAAGCUCUGUUUUCAAAGCAUCUGUUGAUUUCAGAUUGCCACAAAGAAGCUAAGUAAAGUCUUUUGCACUGGACACCGGAUUUUGAGGGAGAUGUAAUGCAUUUUUGCAAGAUUUUAUCUUUCUACAAUUUACUUCAGUCAGUAAACCAACAAAAACUGAUCUUCAGCUUUGCACUAAAUCAUUAGUAAGGCCACUUUAAUAUUUAGUGUCUGAUGCUCCUGGGCCAGAUUUUCCUCUCCCUGCCAUCCUGAAAUCAACAUCAUUUAAAAGGGUGACAUGACUGCUGCAGCCAAUCACAGGCUGCAGCAGUGACUUGCUUCCCUUGUGUCACCACAACUGGUCACAUGACACAAGGGCAGCAGAUCAGUGCUGUGGCCUGUGAUUGGCUGAAGCGGUCAUGCCCCGCUCUGAAGGCAGAUGUUUAUUUCUGGGCUGGAGGGAGGGGAAGAUCUGGUGCGGGAGCAUCAAACACCAAACCCAGUGGGGGAGACCAGGUAAGGAUGAUCUCCACCAUGAGUCGGCCACUCUAGGAGUUGUGUCUUACUCUUGGAUAACCCCUUUAAAGGUUAAUUUGUUUUUCUCAGUCAAUGUUACUCUGUGGAGUGUUACUGAAACUUGUCAAUACACUGCUGUUAAUAGAUCAUUAACAAUUAGUCUCUUUGCACAUGGUAAAACUGCAUGUUCAGAGCCCGUACAAUGGCACUUAGAGAGACCCUACAUUUCCAUAUGACAGAGCUGUAGGCACUCCAUGUGUUACCAUAUGGUAGUGCCAUAAUAUGGCUUGUGAUAGAAGAUGCCACAAUUUGUGGUUCCUGGAUGAAUCUCUGACAACAAACUUUCUUCUGACACCAUAUGAAGGGACACAGAGGUACAAUAUUGGCCCAUAAAUCCAUACAACACAGACUUGUUUUAUGACCGUGUGCAUGAGCUGUAAUUCUGUGUCUGUAUUAACAUCCUCAUAGACCAUGCACCACUCAUGAAUUCUCAGUUCAAGUAUGUUAAUGUUUUAAUGAGCUGAGUCACUGGAAAUACUUUGAAGCAAAAAUAAAACAAUAAGCAGAUCCAUCAACAGCAAUUAAAGGGGUAUUUUUUAUUUUUUUAUUUAUUGGUUUAUAUAAUAGGACAUUAUACAAUUUUCAAGUAAACAUUUAUGUAAAAUUGUGCUUGAAUACCUUUCUUAGAUCAGAUUUUUGACCCCAUCUGCACCAUAGAAUGGUUUAGUCCUUGAAUCAGUCAGUGCUGUGUAAUGGCCUAAUUGAAACAUGGGAUAAGUCAUGUGACACCCCACUGACAUUCAUUAAAGGGGUAUUCCCAUCUUAGACAAUGGGGGUAUAUCGCUAGGUUAUGCCCCCAUUGUCUGAUAGGUGUGGGUCCCACCGCUCGGACCCGCACCUAUAUCGAGAACGGAGCGGGGAGCGCUGUGGCUGGAGGACCCCAGAUUUCCCGGGUUCCAACCACCACCAAGUGCUACUCCCCGCCUUUCCUAUAGAAAUGAAUGGGAGCGCAUGCGCGGCCCAUGCUCCCAUUCAUUUCUAUGGGGAAGAUGGCAAUAGCCGAGUCAGUUCUCUGUUAUUUUCAGCGGCCCCAUAGAAAUGAGGGCGGCUGCACGUGCGCAGUGCGCUUUCCUUCACUUUCGGAGCUCCGUUCUCGAUAUAGGUGGGACACGCACCUAUCAGACAAUGGGGGCAUAUCCUAGCGAUAUGCCCCCAUUGUCUGAGAUGAGCAAACUCUUUAAGUAACAGUGCUACAUGGGAUAACUACAAAAGUACUUAUGCUGAAACCAUGCAUUUUACAGGACUAACAUGAGCUGUGCCAUUUUUUGUCUUUAGAGAGGCUAUUGUGUGAAUAUAAUAAAGGUCUGCGAGCACAACUUUAAAUACAUGUAUAUUAGAACAUUGUAUAACUGCUAUUCUCUAAACGAAUAAAUGCAAUCAUUAAUACUGGAAUGCCUUUUUAACAAUUAGAAAGUAUGUGAAAAGUAGAAAGAAACUAAAAAGUAACCAACAUUUAAACAGGACCAGACAUAUUUUCUGACAUGUCUUAGUAGCUACUUGCAUGCCCUAUGCAAUGAGAAUUCUGGAGCAAUUAGUUUUAUGACUCCAUGUUGUGAUUUCCCUAUUAUUCCUUACAGAACCUUAUGAAUAAAGAUACAACUGGGAGUGUGGCAGCACUGAUUGGACAGGGUCGGAACAUGCUGGGACACAAUCCCAACUGUUAACACCCAGUUAUCCCUUUAUUCAUAAAAUUCCAGCAAGAAUAAUAGAGGAACGGCACGACAUAGAGUGAUAAUAAUAAAUGCCCCAGGAUUGUUAUGUCAAACAGACAUGUGGUGACAGCAGGUCCUCUCCAACAGAGGAAAAUUCAUUGAAGAUUGGAAUGAAACCAGUAUCUAAGUGGUAAUCAGGAGUUCUUCAAAAAGAAUAGGUACAUUGUAGGGAUUGUACUAGUCUAUCUAUUACUGCAUGUCAAUAGAUAGGUAAGAAAGCCACAUGUCACCAUAUAGAGUUAGGAAAGUGUUACAUUGAGACUGUACAUUGUCCCAAAAACAUCAGUGGACUGUGAAGGCGGUCCUGUUCAAACAAGUCAGCCACAGCAAACACUAGAGGGGGACACCCCAUAUGCUAGAUAACACCAUCCAUUAUGGCACACCUACACAUCGCAUUGCAUAAUAUACACUGAUAGAUAGCAUAUUUGCUUUUACCAGUUACUUAUUUGGCCAGGAGUGGUAAAGUGGUGCUAUUGUUUUUUUUUAAAUGAAGUACUUGACUAAAAUAUAAAAAUAAAGCAUAUAAAAUAUAUAUUUUUAAACAAAUGACCUGACAAUCCUUGUGUAAAUAGAUUACUUAUUGAAUUGUUUUUUUUUUUAUGUCACUAUAUCUUGAAUUUUGUGCCAUCUUAAAUUUUAAUAUUGUCAUCUUAAUGUGUCAGCUGGAGCCAAAGCUUUUCCAAGGUUCAGAAUGUUUUUCAGAUACGUGGACCUCAAUGUCUAAUCAUAAGACCAAAAGCUGUGCGAACAGACAUUUUGCCUUUGUUGGUAAUGUUUUCUUUUUUAUCUAGUGCUGACCAAGCUUCCUGCACUUUAUUUGGAAUGUUAUGUAAUUUUGUGGCAAACUGGUAAAGUGAAAAAUACAAAUGCAAUUAGUCUUCUGUCAGUUGCUUGUAUAACCCCUUGAAUGCCUGGACAGACCAUUGGACAGACGUUUGACUUCUUUUUAGGUCGCUUAAUAUACACUAUGAGUGAUCCUAUAGUGAUUGCUAUGGCUGGAUUAAAUUACAUGUCCAAGAACACUGCUGAUUGUUUUAAAAUCGUGCUGUCAAUAAAGGGGUUAACCAUC